GUUUGGAAACCAUAAAGACGCACACGUUGGCUCUGAAUCCUAUAGUAUCCCACAGUUAUACCAAAAGAUGUCAGUGACGGUGACCAAGAUGGAAGGAGUGACUGUUUUCACAGUGACCAGCAAUGAAAAAAGCAACUGUCCUUUGCUUUGUCAAAUACUGGGCAAUCUUUGUUGCUCUCCAGUCUGCUCAGUGUCUCAAAGGCUCAAGAAGAGAUUUGGAGGAACACAGGCAACCUUGGGGGCCAUUCAGAUCCUGAUUGGACUGUUUAGCAUCGGUAUUGGAACAAUCAUAUUGUUAUCUCAUCCCUACUACAAUGAAUUCACGGUUUAUGGAGUUCCCAUCUGGCUUGGAGUACUGUUCAUGUGGUUUGGUGUCAUGUGCACAUGUGCGGAGAGAUGCCCAAGUCCAUGUCUGGUUGUCAUUACUGGGAUAAUGAAUGUGGCUAGUGCUGCCUUCGCCAUAACUGCCAUUGUAAUGUAUGCAGUUGACAUCUCUUGGCUUGUGGACUCCAGAGUUGCUAGUGACCAGAACUGUGAAGAAGCUGGCAUACAAGAAAAUAUUGCUAUUUGCAAAAAAUAUAAUAAUUCUACGGAGGUGCUGUUAAUUGGAAUGGAGAUCACAAUGGUAGUCUUUGCAACCAUACAACUUUUUGUUGCCAUCGCUGCCUGUGUCGUGGCAUUGCAGGCACCUUGCAAGAAGGAAAGCGAAAGAGCUGAACAUGUCAGUGAGGAUCCUGAGUUGCACCAGCCUUGGCAAGAUGAAAUGCUGUCAAAUCCAACAGCCUAGUGCAGUUACAGCUUCACAUUGCAGAAACAUGCUUGCAUUUUGUCGUGUGAAUUUUUCCAGUUCAGAACCUAAUAUAUUACACUUCUGGUG